AUGUUCCCUGGUGACAUACUCUCAAUCUGUAUUCUACGGUACGACGAAAUUAGUGCCGAUACUUUGUACCAAUUUCACGCUCGUUACCACACGAUUCUCUAUUCCUCUCUCCGCGAAAUGACAAAACCAUUCUCCACUCCAUCCGCCUCUUCGAACGCUUCGUUGUUUACAGAUCUUGCCAGACUUCUCUACCGUAGUUUCUUCCGAAUUCCAUCAACGCGUAAGAAGGAACGCGUAAAGUUGGAGAAAAUUAAUACCAAGGAACUAUUUGCAUGGAAAUCCAAAGACGCGUUGAGCGCUAUUUAUGCUCUUCAAGAUAGAAAGUGCGAAGAGGAAGGAAAUGGUGGAGAUGAAGAGGGAGAAAGUUUUGCGGAUGAAAGGGAUAAGAAAGAGGAAGGAAAGGAACCUGAGGUAUAUGAAAUGAGCGAGGACGACGAGAAUGACGAAUUAUUUAAUCUUAGUACGGACGAGGAAGAGAACGUUGACGAGGAUGGGAGGGAGAGCGAUAUAAUGACACCAGAUUUAGACGUACUCGGCCAGCACUUUGUACAAUUGUCUCGUGAACUUGAGGCUUUGGAUUUGAUAUAUCGCACAAAAGAUACUCUUGAAGAAGUAUUAUGUGAGGAGAUUGAGAACAGAGUAAUAAAACGAUGUCGAAAAGUGUUUGAUAAGCCGAUAUUGAAGAGGGCGACGAAAUGGUUGUAUGAAUGGGUGUACCCUUGGUUGAGCAAUGUCUUACCGGAAAAUGGUGAUGCUGAUGAAAGCUUGACAGUAUGGUCGAAAAGGCUUAAUUAUCAUUUAUGCAUGAUGUUCUGCGAUUUGAGAAUCUCGGAACUAUUUGACAUAAUAAUCGACUAUCCAGAUUCAAAGCCUGCUAUUGAUGAUUUAGUCCUCUGUGUGAAAAGUCUUGACCAAGACUAUCGGCAUAGAGUAGUCAAAUCACUUCAUUCAUCGUUUCAGAAGCGUCUUCUUAUUCCUGGUGCUGCCACAUCGGACAUACUUAAAGGCUAUAUAUCCACAAUCAAAUGUUUGAGAUUACUCGAUCCUCCCGGCGUCCUGCUUGAAAAAGUAACUGGACCUAUCCGAGACUAUUUAAGAACCCGUACUGAUACUGUUAAAUGCCUUGUGACUGCAUGGACAGACGAUCAAGGAAACGAUCCCGAAUUGAUAGAAGAGCUCGGGAAAGCUGAAAUUCCUGUACCUACCGAAGAUGCAGAGGAUACCGCGUACUUUGAGAACGACAACUGGGUCCCUGAUCCUGUUGACGCUGGACCAAAUUACAAGUCAUCGGUGUAUAGGUCGGCAGAUAUCACUAAUCUACUAAUUAGUAUAUUUGACGAUACUGAACCUAUCACAAGAGAAAUACAAAACCAGAUGGGAAUCAAGCUGCUUAACAAAACAGACUUUGAGACCGAGACGGAGAUUACGAAACUUGAGUUGUUUAAACUUCGUUUCGGAGAAACGAAAAUGCAACAUACUGAAGUCAUGAUCAAAGACAUUGCUGACUCAAAGAGAAUCGACCAUUACGUGUAUCCGGAGGGAAAAGGACGGGAUGAAAACGAAUCCGCUUUACUGCAUACGACGAUAAUAUCGCGUCUUUUUUGGCCUACUUUGCGGAAUGAGGACUUUAAUGUGCCGCAACCAAUACAAGAGGUUAUGAAACAAUACGAAGAAUCUUUUGAACGGUAUAAAAAGACCCGCAAGCUGCAGUGGAUGACAUCCCUCGGAAAA